AUGGACAAUGCAAAAAACCGGCUGAAUGAUCUUCAGGAAAGAUUCUUUAACCUUCAAGCUGCCAGGAAAGAGGGCCGGAAUAGUGAUGUUGCUGUGUUGGAGGAGCAGGUCUAUCAAAGUCUUCGUGAGUGGAAAGCUGAGCUUAAUGUGCCAUCACCUGCCAAUUCGUUGCCUGAUAUCAGUCUGGGAUCCUUUUCAGAUGAUAUAGGUCGCUUGUUGCAAUUGUAUGAGGAGGAAGAUGAUGCCACCAGUCCAUUAACAAUACAGUCAGUUUUGAAGCCAGAAACGCAGCCUGAGCCCAAUUUUCAAAACCUUAAUCUUGGCAAUUUAGCAACCUUUCAAGAUGAAUACGUGGUCACUAGUCAUACUCAUAGUCAGGGGCUUGGUUUUCAAGGGUUCCAUCAACCCAAUGGCUCCCCCUCAGGUUUGCAAAGUCUAGCCGUCGGUGCUCCUGAUAUAACUACCUUAUUGGAUUGUCAAGACUUCACUUUGGAUGAAGAAUUCGACCCUGGGCUUUUUGUUGGCACCAAUGACACUGAAGAAUCUGGAAAAAAUGCAGAGAGUAACAAUCUGCAGUAUAUCAGCCCUCCACCGUCUGCUUUCAUGGGGCCCAAAUGUGCAUUAUGGGACUGCACCAGGCCUGCUCUAGGAGCUGAAUUGUGCGAGGACUACUGUAGCAGCUUUCAUGCUACCCUGGCCUUAAAUGAAGGCCCCCCUGGCAUGACUCCAGUUUUGCGACCCAGAGGCAUUAAUUUGAAGGAUAAUUUACUAUUUGAUGUUCUUAUUGCAAAGAUGCAGGGUAAGAAUGUCGGUAUUCCUCAAUGUGAAGGGGCUGCUAUUAUGAAAUCCCCAUGGAAUGCUGCUGAGCUAUUUGAUCUUUCAUUACUUGAAGGUGAAACAAUUAGGGAGUGGCUCUUUUUUGAUAAGCCUAGAAGGGCAUUUGACAGUGGAAACAGGAAGCAGAGAUCAUUGCCAGACUACAGUGGGCGUGGUUGGCAUGAAUCAAGAAAGCAGGUGAUGAAGGAGCUUGGGGGGCAUAAGAAGUCCUAUUAUAUGGACCCACAACCUCCAGGCUGUCAUGAGUGGCAUUUAUUUGAAUAUGAGAUCAACAACUGCGAUGCAUGUGCAUUAUAUAGGUUAGAACUCAAGCUUGCUGAUGGAAAGAAGACUCCUAAAGGAAAAGUUUCAAAGGAUUCACUUGCCGAUCUGCAGAAGAAGAUGGGAAGGCUCACCGCUGUUGUAACUGCAGAUAAUAGUCCCUCUGUAAAGGGAAAGACAAAGACUGAUAGAGAAGCUGAUUCUGGAGAGGUUAAUUUUGCUCAAGAUCAGAAAACUUAUGGCACUGGCCUGGGGCCAUGA